GAAACAAGAUUAGACUUAUUCAUGCAAGUACGGUUGACCAACUUUACAAGAAUUAAAAUGCAGAUAAGGUUGACAGUUCUUUAAUAAAUGCUUACUACACAUGACGUGUGAUUAUAAAGACCUAUGUCUGUCAGCCUUUGAUGGAGUGAAUUCUAAAUCCGGUAUAACGAACCUUUUGAUACAAAAUCUGUCCUGACAUGUUUCGGUAGACACUAUGCAGGCCUAUGAUGCCUCGUUGUGGUCUCAAGAUGGCGCCUGCAUGACUAUGGUCACCGUAACCCCCGUGGGGUAGCAUGUCCCUUCGACCUAUUGAUUGGAAGGAGUGGGAUAGGUGACAGCCUCGAGCUACCAACUGCUAUCGACCCCCAUCAAAGGGACUCGCCGCCACACCUUCAGUGAAGCGAGGAUAAAGGUUCUGCACUGACAUCCUUCCUUGAGUUCCUCAUGGUGCCCCACAUCAAAGACUUACCCUCCCUUUAUGAUUACCACCCCCAGUCCCCUUGAUCGCACGCUAACACCGAUACCAUACCAUGUCAGGUGGCGGGGUACAGGGGAGGGUGGGGACCGACAAAGAAAUGAGCCGGAGGGUUACUGUGGUACACAGACAUACACAGCGAACUAAGGAGUACAAGAACAGAAGGACUUAACCUGGCUACGUGUAUAAAUAACGCCGACAGCCAGCCAAGAAGUUAGUGUGACCAUCAGGCAAGACGUUGAACCGUUCUUAACUGUAAAGUGAGAGAUUGUUUAGUAAGCUUUGUCAUAUUUCGUUUGUAAACUGUAUUGAAUCUUUUAAUUUCCUUGGCUGGACAUAGACAUCGGUGGACACAAACAAUAAAUUUUUUUCUAUAUGAAGUUCAACGCUCCUUGUUUAGGCUUGCCGAUGUUCAGGCGCGGCUCUACCAACGGUAAAAGAAUGGUUAGUCUCUGAAAACAUUUGGUAUUCAGAUUGAAUCCCCAUGUCACGAAGAUGUCGGUAAUAAUAAUUAAAAUGUAUCAAAUGUCUCUCUUUCUCUUUUGCAGUUGCCUAAAGUGUUCCAUUGAAUGCGACCUGUUUGAGAGUUAUCUGCCCUUAACCGCCACCGACAUUAUCCUUCACGCGCACCUGCCGCCAGAAGACAUUCGCCAUCAGCAUGAAGCUCGUCGCCGCCUUCAUUGCCUGGAUCAUCUCAUCGUUCGCAUGUCAUCACCUGGCCAAGGUUUUCCUGGCGCAGGUCACAGGCUCUCUGCCGCAACUCAACCCUGCCUGCCCAGCGGCCAUCUUGACCGGGGUUCACAUGCUGUUCUGCUGGCUAAUGACAGCGAGAUGGGAGGACGGCAAGCUCCCGGCGGACUCGUCCUCAGCUCACCGUCUGGCCAACCAGAGUUCAGAAGCGAACUUUCACUUCCGCGUUUCCAUGGCGAUGCACGUGCUGUCCACGUUUCUGACCAACUGGAGUUUGGCAACCAUGGAUGCGGCAUCUACCCUGGCCAUCAAACUGAUGGAGCCGCUGGUGUCCGCGCUGGCGCAGUGGGCAUGGCUCGGACAGUGCUUGCGUUGCAGCGGGUGGGUCAGCCUGCCCUUGGUUAUCGGCGGGUCGCUGGCCUUCGUCUCCAAGCCUUCCCAGCAGGCACAGAGCGAAGCACUCGUCACAGGCGUGGGCCUCGCCAUGGGCUCCAACGUUUUGCUGGCCGUCCGCAACGUUGCCGUCAAGGGACUGCACUCGUGUCACGUGCACGUGGGCCCGCGGUGGUCGCGCCUGAGGUUGUCGGCUGGAAUACUGGGCGCAACGCUGCUGGCCGCAAUUCUCUUGGAGACUGAGGGUGCGGUGCCACGUGGGACCCACCUGGCUGUGACGUCACUGCUGCUGUCGGGGGCGUUUCACGUCACGUACUCGCUGAUCAGCACGAGCGUCAUCCUGCGCGCGCUGGACGUGGUCAGUCACGCCAUGGCCAACGUCGUCAAGCGCGUGCUGGUGGUGGCGCUGCUGUACGUCAGCGGGUCACGUAGUGCGUCGUUCGUCAACGUCGCGGGGCUGGCGGUGGCGAGUGUGGGGCUGGCUGUGUACGUCAGAGGAAAAUCUGAGGGCAAAGCAAAAGUUAGGAAUCGUGGAGACGUCAGCAUAAAAGGUCUCCUGACACCGAAGAGUACCACGGCCAAGUUGGUGAGCUUGACCCUGGUCACCUGCCUUUCCACGUGUUUGCUACUGUCCCUCUCGGCACCAGUCAACCUGUCCGUCUGUCUGCUGCAGCUGUCGCCUGUUAGGGAGGAUUCGUCCUCCGGGAACCACGCUAGGAACGUCCUCCUCCCGGCACCGACAGAGAAUUCUCCCUUUGGCCUUCACUGGCCGGGGCCCCCAGCCAACUACACCCUCCUGGCGCAGUGGAGCGAGUUCAUGUCACGUGACUACGUCCACCAAGACCCGUUCGACACGAACAUGCUGGCGCUGCAGCUUAGCAACAACGACGACGUCAUCUGGGAGAUGCAGAGGCUGCAGACGACAGUGCUGGCGUCCGUGCUGGGCGGCCGGCGACACGUCAUGCUGCUCGGCUUCGCCAUGUCGGAGAACAAGGGCGACUCGGCCAUCACGGCGGGCGAGAUGGCGCUGCUGCGGCGACUCAACGUCUCUGUGGUCUUCUGCUGCGAGAUACGGAACUGCAGCGACGCCAGCCUGCAGCGAGCGUGGAACAUCAGCAGACACUACAACUCCUCGUCCCUCGCUAUCCUCAUGCACGGCGGCGGCAACCUCGUGGGCUAUCCCUUGGCGGACUUCGUUCGGCGGAAGAUUCUCGGCCUUUUUCCAGACUUCCCAUCGGUAUUGCUGUCACAAAGCAUAUGGCUCCACAAAAGGAAUGAAGCACAUGUUAAUGAGUGUCGAGAGCUCUACUCCCACAGGGAGAACCUGACCAUCUUCUUGCGGGACAGACAGUCGCUGGGUCUGGCGCAGAAACUUUUUCCAGGGACGAAACUCAUGCUGAUGCCCGACAUGGCGUUUGGUCUGGGGCGUGUCCCUCGCACUAUGCCGCCUACACACGACAUCGUGUGGAUUAAGAGAAGGGAUUUUGAAUCUUCUGGGUAUGAGUUACCCGAUUUUCCCGCAAACCUUAGUGUGUAUGUGGGUGACUGGUGGAACUGGAAAACAAAUCCAGGUAUGUCACCCAUGGAAACUUCCCUCUUGAUGACCUUUAACGGGUUGUCGUUCUUGCAGCGUGGGCGCGUGGUGAUCACUGACCGACUACACGGCCACAUCCUGUCUGUGCUGCUGGGAAUCCCUCACGUGCUCAUCGACAACCCUCCCUACUUCAAACUCUCCUCCUUUUGGCGCACCUGGACAGCGGGUCUGUCUAACGUUGCCCUGGCGACCUCAGGUGGAGAGGCACUCGUAAAAGCUCAAGAACUGCUGAAAAGGUGGAGCGGUGUUAUUCCUCCUGCUAUGCUGUGUUUGAAAGAUGAAUGUUCAUAAUAAAUUCAGUGCCAGUCAUUAUCAUCACUACCAGUUGCAAUCUUUUUUUUUUAUUGCACCUCGCACAGGUUAUUAGUCUGUUGAACUUCUCUUCUACCUUACUUUCUCCACGCUCGC